CACACUAACACCGCUCACAGUCCCUUUGCCCUCUCCCGGUGCCUGGGGCCGGGCAGCGGCGCCCGGGAGGCCAGGGGCUGCCGGCUGCUGUUUGCAUGCUCUCAUCACUAUCACUGCCCAUGGCCAGUGGAUUGAACUAGAUGAUUUUCAAGGUCUCCUUCCAGCACAAAUCGUUCUGUGGUUCAUUGAUCGUCCCCAGAAUGAGGGAGGGCCUGCCGGGUUCCCCUCUCAGCAGAAGGCUCACUGCUGUCACAGUGUGUUGGGUGCACAGUGAUUUCCACGUGGGUUGGAAACAUUUUGUGUGACAGUGCUGGCUUGAGUAGCUUCCCCAGGGGACUCUGUGCUUGCCCUGGCUCCACCUGUGUGUCAGGCAUGCCCAGAAACUCAAGUAAAAGUCAAGCUUGAGCCUCGGGAUUUCUGGUCCCUCAGGGAACAAGAAACAGAAGGUGACACAAGUAUUUGUGUACGUGAGGGACAUGUUUCUGUUGGCUAUGUUUAGGACAUGGAGGAUCCCAAAUGUCCGUGGAAAGAUGAUGCUGUUGGGAUAGCCACCCUUCUCUGCAGCUACCCCUGGAAAGGCCUUUGUGCUCUGAUGGGGAGUGCCGUGGACAAGAACCAGGGAGCUCCUCCUGCCAAGUGCUAAACCUGCCCCAGGCAUGGGACACAAAUUGCAUCUCAUUGAGCACUUUCUGCUGUCCUUCCUGGCCUGGUGCUGCUCUGGGGAGGAGUGGCCCUUCUCCUUGGCCUCUUGCUCCCUUUCCUCUGGCUAGUCAAAAUAUUUGCAGUCUCAGCAUGAGAUGGGCUGGGAAACUGCUCGGGGGCAAGACACAGUUAGGAGAGAGCCCUGCUGGAUCUGGGUCUGGUACACACCACAGCACAAAGGCAGGGAGAGCAGAGGAUGGGGAAGCAUUUCUGCUCCCUGCAGCAGCAUGGCCAGGCUUCCCUGGCUCUGGGGAUUGAGUAAGGUUUUGUAGGAGUGCCCAGCUCAUCAGGUGCUUCCCAGAGGUUCACCUGGCAUCUAGCCAGAGCAGCCUUUCGCCAUCUCUCCCCUGCAGUGACUCCUACUGUGCCAACAGGAGUGGUGCCAAAACCUUUGUGCACCCAGGGGCUGAACAUGCUGCCUGUAUGUGCGUUUCCUGGUGGCAAAAAGUCUCUUAUUCACCAGUUUUAAUCCCUGAGUAACCUGUGCUUUGCCUUCACUCCUCCAAAACCUUGGGGUGUGUGCAGCAGCCUGAGGCUGCCAUCAGCCUGGCAGCUGAAAUGGGCAGAGCUCCAGCCCCCUCGGUUCCUGCCUGCCGUGAGGAAUAGCUGUCAGCAAAGCACCCGAGGGAGCUGAGUCCUCAGUGAGGCGUGAGAGCAGCAGGCUUCUCCUGGAGGAGUGACAAGCAGGCAUGCAACCCUGUCUCUCUUCCUCACCCCUUCUUGGGCAGAGGCCUGUCCUUUCUCAGCCCUCCAGGACCCUUCACAGAGCUUGCUUUCAACCCUGCCCAGCAGUUACCCUCUGCCACCCCUUCGGAGGUGCAGGAAGGAGGCGACAGGGCGGACCCUGCAUGAAGCAGUCAUUGCUUCUUGAGUCCUAUUUCUCCUGGGGUUUUUACCCUGGGGGCAAAAGAAAUACAAUAAAAAAUUCUUUCCCAUGUUUGCCAAGCCAAGGUGAGCUUCUUCAGCACCAGGAAGCAUCUGUAGCCAACCUGUUUGGCUGUCGGUGGGGGCUGGAGCUGAGUGACAGCAUGCAGCUGGCAUCAGAGGCCUAGCCUGGUGAAUCACUGCCACUUUCCCUCCUGUGGGGGCCCUUCCCAUUCCCUCUGGAGCCAAAGUGCUUCUGCAUCCUGGAGAGACCCAGUGAGUGCAGUAGCAUGGGGAUAAUGCUGCUGCCCUCCCACACUCUUUCAAGCUCUUUGGGACUGAUUCUGGACCCUGCUCAGCAUCUCAGUCUCCAGGUCACUUGGGCCUGGCAGGAGUUGUCUGUGCCAGGCAGUUGGGCUGGACUCAGCUUUUCACUUGGCUUCAGUGGCUCUUGGUGGUGAGGGUGGGUUGGCCUGAAGAGAAAUGGUUUGGAUGCAACAUUUGUCAUGGGGCUGGCUUUGCCAGAGCUGAGGGCAAGACCAGGCUGCUUUGCUCUCUGGGGUUCCUCUCAUUUUGUGGCUAUAGCUCCACAUUUGUGGCUACUUGUUGCCCUGAACAUUUCUAGAACACAAAUGCCCUGGCAACAUGGGGCCAGCAGCACAGAACUGGCAGUGUCCUUCCUCUGCCAGAGUGCCUCUCUUGGAGGUGCCUCCUGCCAGUGGCCGUGCCCUUGCCCAGCAAGGGGUCUGUGCUUGGUACGUGGGUGAAAGCAGAACAGGGUGUUCCCAAGGGACAGCUUGCCUCCCACUGAUGGAGAGGCAGGCUCAGUGGAGCUGGCUAGGCCAAGGUGUUGUUGGGCUUGGCUCUGUGUCCUCAUAUGGGAGCCGAGCCGUGGGAUGCGUGUGAAACGGUGCACUGGGAGCUGUGGCAGGCAGCUGGCACCGGGGGGUGGGCAGGAUCCCAGCGGCUGGGCCCGUUUCCUUGCUGCAAACCCCUGCAGGCUGGUAGGCACUGCCAGGGUCAGGGUGUGCAGCCAGGGCAGCGAGGGAGGAAACCUUCCCAGCUCUCUGCUCUCACCGCCUCUGUGGAGACACCUCCAGUGGGACUGUUUUCACUGGGUUGUUUUGGCUCUGCUCUCUCAAAGCCCUGAACACUUCAGGGUGACACUGAUGAGUGCACCUGGGCCAGCAGCUCCCAAGCCCUGUAGGGGAGCUGGCUUUGUAGGGAGGGCAUGUCUACAAAGGGGGCAGGGGUGAACAACUUAAAUGCCCUGCUCAGCCUACUCUCUUCCUGGGGCAGGAGGAGCAGAGGUAUCCUGUUUCCAGGCCAGGCCCCGCUGACGCUGUCUGUAAACUGGCUGGGAGAUAAAUAUUCAAGGUGCAGUCAUGCUGGUUAAGUUCCCAGCUAGUGGGAGGAACUCUGCUUUUGCCAGGGAGCUCUGCUCUCAUCUGUCAUGGGAGACUGUCCCAGGCCUGCUUCCUUCUUAGGGUGUUACUGGCUCCUAUUCUGGUGCUGUUACAUGGGUCACUGUUUGACUGAAAUAGCUGUCGCUCCAAGCUGUGUGACAGGCUCCCCCAGUUGACUCUGGAGGCUCAGUUUUGCAGAUCCAGGCCUCCUCACGUCCUUGCCCUCAGCUGUGUCUCUGGGUGUUAGCGCCAGCAGCUGCUCUGGGCCGUGUUGCUAUAGUGGGAGCCAUGAGCAUGAUACUUGCUUUCCAGGUUUUUAAUGCGUGCCACAUACUGAAGACCCCUGGUUGUAUGUUGGGAGCUCUGACAAGCUCAUGCUUUUGGCAGUAAGCAUUGUAGCAGCUGUGAUGAGGCCAUUACUUCCUUGCCAGAGAGUUUGACCACAGAGAGUCGCCAAGAUAGCUGGGCCAGGAAGAAAACGUCGCACCCCUGACCCAGACUCCAUUACCGACCCCGGCGGGCUGUUUGUGUCCUCCAAACGGCUGAAAAUGUCCAGCAGCACAAAUGCCCCUGGCCAGAGGAGAGCGUCUCGGGGCUUGGAUGAUGCCACCAACAAGAAGAAGCAAAAGGAUCGAGCCAAUCAGGAAAGCAAGGAAGUGUCUCGCCCUGAGCUCGAGCAGGCUGAGACUGCCCAGGAGAAGGACUCAGAGGAGGAGCUGCUGCUGGACUGGAAGCAGAAUGCUGAUGAGAUCAUUAUCAAGUUGAAUUUGGGCACUGGAGCUCUGAAGGCAGAGGAUGUACGUGCUGAUUUCACUGACACGGACUGUGUGGUCAGACUACCAGACGGGCGCCAGUGGAGCUGUCAGUUCUACGAGGAGAUUGAGGGCUCCUGCAGCAAGAUCCAAUGCAAGAAGGGCAACUUUCUACAGCUUGUGCUUCAGAAGAAGAUCCCUCUCCAUAACUGGUCUUCACUUCUGAAGAAAAGGAAAGAUGGAUCCAAAGAAGUGGCCAAAGGGGCUGCGUGCUGGGAGAAUGGGAAGGAGAAGGCUUCUGCAGAGUUGACCCCUGAAGAGCCGAGAGCUGAAGGCACAGAGCCACCAAGAUCCCGGCGGGAGCCCUCCAACCCCAAGCGUGGUCCAGGAAGAAGCGAGGCCCUGGGAGGGAAAAGCCCAGCCAGCCCAGGGACACAGAGUGGCCCCAGUGCCAAGCGGGCAGUAUACCUCAAAGUAGCUCCCACCGAAGAGGAUCCGAAUGCCAGGGUCACCGGGAGCACGGAGCCCAGCAAAGGGCACAGUGGGAGGACUGGCAGCCGCCGCAACGGCAGAGCCAGCCAGGUCGAUGCACCUGCGGCCCUUGCAGACCUCGCACUGCCACUCGAGAAGGCUGUGGCUUUGGCCAAAGAGACUGUUCCUGUGGAGAUGCCACCUCUCACCCCUACCACAGAGGUGCUCCCUCACCGUGUUGCCACCUGUGUUGAGAAGCGAGUCCUGCAGCCAGGCAGCCCUACUGAGGCCUUGCGGAGCCGGGACUGCCUGCCUAUCCUGGGAGAGAGCUCAAAGGCCAUCCCAGUGGCCACCCCUCCCAUGGGCAGAGAUGGUGAGAAGAGGGACUGGUCCAAGGACGACGUGGCUUUGGAAGCAGCAGCUGAUGAGCCUGAGCCUUUUGUAAGCCUGACCUUUGUCAAGAAUGACUCAUAUGAGAAGGGCAAUGAUCUGAUGGUGGUGCAUGUGUAUGUGAAGGAGAUCCACAAGGAGACAUCCAAGGUGUUGUUCCGGGAACAAGACUUCACACUAGUGUUCCAGACAAGUGAUACGAAUUUCCUUCGUCUCCAUCCUGGCUGUGGGCCCCACACAGUGUUCCGGUGGCAGGUGAAGCUCAGGAACCUUAUUGAGCCGGACCAGUGCACAUACAACUUCACGGUGUCUCGCAUUGAUGUCUGCCUGAAGAAACGCCAGAGCCAGCGCUGGGGAGGGCUGGAGGCUCCAGCCACACGAGGUGCAGUGGGUGGUGCAAAGGUUGCCAUGCCUACAGGCCCUACCCCUCUGGAUAAGAACCCUCCGGGCAGUAACCAGCACCCCCUCUCCAGCAAGGAAGAGGCCCGAACCAGUGACAAAGAGAAGCCACGUGUGGAAGAUGGGGCUCUGGAUGGUGUGGCAGCCCGUACGGCCCCAGAGCACUUGGCAGUGAAGCAAGAGCCACACAUUCCUUCGCCCAAACCAACAUGUAUGGUGCCACCAAUGACACACAGCCCGGUGAGUGCUGAGAGCGUGGAGGAUGAUGAGGAUGAGGAUGAGAAGAAGAAGGUCUGCCUGCCUGGCUUCACGGGGCUGGUGAACCUGGGCAACACCUGCUUCAUGAACAGCGUCAUCCAGUCCCUGUCCAACACCCGGGAGCUGCGUGACUACUUCCAUGAUCGGUCCUUUGAGUCAGAAAUCAACUAUAACAACCCGCUGGGGACGGGUGGACGCCUGGCCAUUGGCUUUGCCAUGCUGCUCAGAGCACUGUGGAAGGGCACGCACCAUGCCUUCCAGCCCUCUAAACUGAAGGCAAUUGUGGCCAGCAAGGCCAGUCAGUUCACUGGCUAUGCCCAGCAUGAUGCUCAGGAGUUCAUGGCCUUCCUGCUUGAUGGCCUGCACGAGGACCUCAACCGCAUCCAGAACAAGCCCUAUACAGAGACUGUUGACUCGGAUGGGAGGCCUGAUGAGGUGGUAGCUGAGGAGGCUUGGCAACGACACAAGAUGAGGAAUGACUCGUUCAUAGUAGACCUCUUCCAGGGCCAGUACAAAUCCAAGCUUGUGUGCCCAAUGUGCUCCAAGGUGUCUAUUACCUUUGACCCCUUCCUGUAUCUCCCCGUGCCCCUCCCACAGAAGCAAAAGGUGCUGACUGUCUACUACUUUGCAAAGGAGCCACACAAGAAACCCAUCAAGUUCCUCGUGAGUAUCAGCAAGGAGAACUCCAGUGCCAUGGAGGUACUUGACUCAGUUGCCCACAGUGUGCGUGUGAAACCAGAGAACCUGCGCCUGGCAGAGGUGAUCAAGAAUCACUUCCACCGCAUGUUCCUGCCAUCUAACUCACUAGACACAGUCUCGCCAACGGACCUGCUGCUUUGCUUUGAGGUGCUGUCCCCAGAGCUGGCCAAAGAGCGUGUGGUGGAGCUUCAGGUCCAGCAGCGUCCGCAGGUGCCCAGUGGCCCUGUUGCCAAGUGUGCAGCCUGCCAGAAGAAGCAGCUGCCAGAGGAUGAGAAGCUCAAGCGCUGCAUGAGGUGCUAUCGAGUUGGUUACUGCAACGUGGCAUGUCAGAGAACACACUGGCCAGACCACAAGGCUUCGUGCCGUCCUGAGAACAUCGGUUUCCCCUUCCUCAUCAGUGUGCCCGAGUCCCGCCUCACCUACGCCCGCCUGGCCCAGCUGCUGGAGGGCUAUGCAAGGUACUCAGUCAGCGUGUUCCAGCCUCCAUUCCAGUUGGGCCGGAUGUCACCGGAGCAGGGGCUGCAGCCUCUGCACUCGGACAAGCUGGAGCCCCUGGCCAAGAGCGGCUGUGCAGCAGCCACCUCUGCCCCCGAGUUGGGAGAUGGGGACAGGGUUUCCAGCCUCCCUCAGGAGCCCCCACUCUCGCCAGCUGUGCCUGAGCUGCAGCCAGAGAUGGGGGAUACUACCACUGUCCGGAGCAAGGUCCUGACAGCCAGGAGUUCCCUCCUGAGCUUGGAUUCAGGGUUCUCUGAGCACAUGGAGUCACAGGGUGACAGCUGUUGUGAGAAGGAGCCGUCGUAUGAGAGAGCCCUCAAGCCAGAAGCUGCCAUCCCUGGGUACCAACACACUCCAGACUCGCUGAGUGCCCGCGCCACACCGUUCUACAUCACUAAGAUCGACGCUGCCAACCGAGAGCACAAGCUGGAAGAUAAAGGUGACACCCCCCUGGAUCUGACAGACGACUGCUCCCUUGCCCUCGUGUGGAAGAACAAUGAGCGCCUCAAGGAGUUCGUGUUGGUAGAAUCCAAGGAGUUGGAGUGUGUGGAGGAUCCAGGCUCAGCCAGCGAGGCAGCCCGGGCUGGCCACUUCACCCUGGAGCAGUGCCUCAAUCUCUUCACGAAGCCUGAAGUCCUGGCCCCAGAGGAAGCAUGGUACUGCCCCAAGUGCAAGCAGCACCGUGAGGCUUCCAAGCAGCUGAUGCUGUGGCGGCUGCCCAACGUCCUCAUCAUCCAGCUCAAGCGCUUCUCCUUCCGCAGCUUUAUUUGGAGGGACAAGAUCAAUGACAUGGUGGACUUUCCCGUCCGGAGCCUGGACCUGAGCAAGUUCUGCAUUGGUCGGAAGGGUGAGCAGCAGCUGCCUAUGUAUGACCUGUAUGCUGUGAUCAACCACUAUGGAGGCAUGAUUGGAGGGCACUACACAGCGUACGCCCGCCUGCCCAACGACAAGAACAGCCAGCGCAGCGACGUGGGCUGGCGGCUCUUUGAUGACAGCACAGUCACCACUGUGGAUGAGAGCCAGGUGGUCACCAGAUACGCCUAUGUCCUCUUCUACCGCCGGCGGAACUCUCCUGUGGAGAGACCCCUGCCGGGGCAUCCCUCAGACCACCGCGCUGAGCGCACUCCCUCUGCCGAAGCUGCUGCCAGCCAGGCUUCUCUGAUCUGGCAGGAACUGGAGGCUGAAGAACAAGAGCUGCAGCUUGAGGCACCCCAAAGGCCUGCAAGAAACUCUUGGAGGCCCUGUGGCCAGAAGCGAAGUCCGGGCACCCCUCAGCACCCAGAUGAAGGCUGCGUCAGAUACUUUGUCCUGGCCACCACAGCUGCAAUUGUGGCUCUCUUCCUGAACGUCUUCUACCCACUCAUUUACCAGCCCCGCUGGAGAUAGGCCCAGGCACGUGGCCAGCUGUGGGAGCAGGGCCGCCAGGGCACGCGCCGUCCUAGGACGCUAUG